CCACGACCGGAUGGUCAGAUGGUGUGUCAGCAAAUGAGGAGGGCAAGGAGGGGUUCCGGGUCCCGGCCACGAUGUCGCCCAGCGAUCUCGCUGGCUGGCUGGCUGCUGUGCUACGUGCUGGGGCCAUGUGAGUGGAAUCGGUGGAUAUUACUUGGCUGCCAGUACGGAUACUCGGUCAAUCAAGCGUGACGGGGCCAUGACGACUUUCCGACUUCCCGGCUUUCAAACAGACAUCCUGAAGUCCUGACUCUGACCUCGAACUGAAAUCCUCACUAUCAGCAAAGGUUGUCCCCCUGUUUGACUUCUACAGCGACGACGUCCCAGCGCAAACACCUGCCUCAGUUGCCUUGUCCCCGAGAAGCCAACUUCCACCACCAUCAACCAUCAGACGGACCGGUGUAGCUGUGAGGCACAACCGAAAGUAAAGCCAUUAUCUUAUACUUUGGCUCGUCAGCCCGCCACCGGGAUCACCAUCACAUCAGCACCGCCUGGCCAUCAAACCAUUCAGUUGGCGCUCAAUCUGCCGGCGCCUCCUGCUUGGAGCUUGGGACUUGGAACAGCCAGACCCUGGUUUUGCAUCUCGAGGAUCCACCUCACUUUCCUUUCGCCCCCUUCCCGAACAACCGAAUCGACUCGCUUCGACUCGCUAAAAAAUUGCGACAACUGAGGCCAGUGACGCUGCCAGGCUGCCAGGCUGCCUAGCACGUUUGCUCCAUACUUGCCCCAGUUAUCGCAUCUCCCAGCCAUUGCCAGCUUGAACACCAACAGGCAACAGGCAGACAGGCAGGGCACGUCUUGGUCCACGAGGUCCGAGCACUUGGAUCACUUGGAUCGCCCGCCCCCCUCUCCCCCAUUCUUCAGUUGGCUCACAAUCGCACAACUCAGCCAGCCAGCUACCCUUGUCGGCCCUCAAUUGCAGCCUCUCUAGCUGAGAACAGCCCGUGGCCAGUCAAAAGGCGACCACUCACCUGGGUCCGGUACCCAGUCUGAUCUAAAAGACCAGGGAGCUGCGCCUCGUGGUCAUCAUUGUGGAUUGCCGACCCCGUACCUGGAAUCCUUCUUCUGGAUACAUCUGGCUGCCUGCAUGUCCUCUUUUAAUUCUCCAUCUGAGUCUGGUUCUGGUCCCUGGAUCCGCUCUUCGCAUCUGCACCCCGACUGUCCGACUCCGUCUGCCACGAGGCUCCCAAGGUGUCAUCCAAUCCAACCCUGAGCUGCCCUCCAGCCAAGGCUCGCUGUUCGCUGCUACCGCACCUCGAUCGCCGAAUCCUCCCAGCGCUACCUUGUCUGUUUCAGAUAAUUCACUUUGUGCUUGUUGGCUUCCUGCGGUCGCCAUUCCGUGGCCACGAAACACUUAAUCUACGAUUGUUUCUCUAAGCGCCGCCAUCACCUGUGCCCAGGCCCUCGUCCGCUUUCGGGACCCAGGCGCUUGCACACUCCCCAGCCCUUUACACGCCAUUGGCCAAUCCUCCUCAACUCGCCUCGCCAGCUCGAUCACCAACGCACCAGCACACCCAACACACAGAGUUGCCCUACUGUGCACCUCGUCACGUCUAUUUUCGACUAAGUACCGCGCAGGGCUGUUACCACUUUCAGUAAUUGUUGACGCCGGGCGCUUGUCUGGUCUUCUCAGCCUCAGGGGCCCAAAGCAAGCACUCGCUCCCACGGGUGCCUUAAAGAAAGACUGCGGCCAAUUCUCCCGACAAACCAUCAACUCCCCUCUACUUUUUCGCCUGCAACACGACGAGUUGAUCUCCGUCUCGCAUCAUCAUGGACACUACGACGACAUUGUUCACGUUCAUGCUUGAAACGCACCCUUCAGUACAAUCAGUCUCGCUGGUUGGUUCUUGGGACAACUUCGAAAGACCAUACACAAUGGAACGCGACAGUCGACGUGACCGGAGGCAGUGGCGCGGGUGCUACGUGUUCAAGGACGUCAUUUAUGAUGGGGAACGCCCAGGAUCAUCUCGAAGGAACGGUGGCCUGAAGAUGGGCCAGCCUUACUAUUAUUACUAUGAGUUGGACGGAUGCGUCGAGACUCAUGAUCCUACGGUCCCCACAACAACCGCGUGCCCAUAUCUACCCGGCCAGACUGUAAAUAUGAUGUGGGUGCCGACAGAAAAGUCGGACAGGAAACGAAGCGCUUCUCUCAGCUCAGUUCGACGCGAGGACUUCAAAACCAUGUCGCCCAAAGACAAGUACAACACGCCUAGGCCGGACCCUUGCGUGCCCGACUUCCUGGUCUCGUCAUACCGGCCUGCCACUUCUCAGGGACCCGUCCGGACCCUCAAGCACAAGCGUUCCGACCGCUCCAUCUCACCCACCCCCAGCUGGUGGUCGCCACGGAAGCUCUUCACCCGCAAGAACAGUGUCUCGUCACAGGGCAGCAGCGACAGACAUUCCGAUGACGCGUCGGUGGCUGGUGAUGAGCAGCGGCAAAGUGUUGGCUCCUCUUCCUCAGAGGGCAGCCGGACCCGCCCCAUGUCGCCAGACUCGCUACGAAGGUUCCUCUCCGACGACACGUCAGUGGUGACACCACCCGCCGACGAUGCGGAGCGUCUCUUCCUAUCCAUCCCUGACGAUAUCGCCGAGGAGGAUGACGAUAACUUCGCAACCUCUGCUGCCUCCGAGACCGGCCCAAAGACCAUCCUGUCGCCACCCCCGCCUGUUUCUCGCAAGUACUCCUCAAACACCCUCAGGCGGUUGCCCGAGAACGAAUCCGUCGUCACCCUCACCGAAGCAAGGCCCGCCACAGCGGUCGAGCGGCCGCAGCAGAUCCUCUUCGUUGAUGAGAAGGACACCCCUACAUCGCGCUUCUCCUUCUCGUCCGAUGAGGGUUCAAUCUACGGAGAUGACGAGACAGAUGCCACGUCACCCGAGGCCGAGAUACCAUCCUUCUACCACUCCGAGGCCGAGGAGGACGAGACCGACUCGGACACAUUCUCGCCACCGGCCGCCCUCCAGUCUUCAAAGUCGGGUCUCACCAUGGGCCGCGAAUCGCUCGAGCAGUCGCUCGCCAACGCAUUUCAGGGAUACCGCCUGCCGCGGACGUCGAUGGACCUCAACAGCAAGUCCACUGAUUCCGAUGCUCCAAGCCCGCCACUUCUGGCCGGACCCGCUGGCUCGGUGGUCGAUGACUUCAUGAGCGAGAUGAACAACUUCCAGAGCAAGUGGAUCUAAACCUAACCACCUCUGCUACAUACACCCUACUUUCUGCCCUCACACCUACAUACUACCGCACCACAUCUGUACCAUCCAUUUCUCAUGUACCUCAUUACCAUUCUCAUUUGUCACAAUAUGCAUGGGCACGGAGUCAGAUUAAAAAGCGAGCGAGCGAGCAAUUGGGGACAAUCUAGACUGUCUCAUUUUCCAUGUGUUACAUGCAGGACACAAAUUACGGAAUUUCCUUUUUGACUUUUUCCUUUCAAAACCAAAAUACCCUGGGCUUAAUCCUGACUUUUGCAUCUGGGGCAUGGAAGGGAGGAAAUGAAGGAAAGGAGUGGGCAUCACGGUUAUGACUCGUGGAUUCGGGUCACCAGGUGGUGGACGGCGCCUGCACCGGAGCAGGCGAUAGAUAGAACAUCCGAACAAUCCAAGACAUUGACGGAG